AUGCCUCUCGCGAACAAAAGCAAGGGCAAAGGUCGCGAAGCACGCCGAUCGCGAAGUCGCAAUACUACCCCAAGCUCUGGUCUAAGCGCAAGCACAGCAACUGGUACAUCUUCUGUUUCUGGAUAUUUAGAUAAUGAGCUGUCUAAACUGUUUUCGUCUUCGGCGGUUCAAUAUGCGGAUAUCCUAGAGCAGAUAGGUGGCGGUAGCAAUAUCCCAGAUGUUAAAACGUUGGAGCUGCUGAAAGACCAUCUCAAAAAUCUCAGUCAGCUAGCUGAUACUCGGGGCGAUACUUGCAACGCCGCCAUGCGAGAGCUCUCACAGCGACGAAAAGAAGUCAUUGAAGAUCAGCGGGAAUUGGAAUUGGAAAGAGAUACAGAAGAAAGAAAGAUGAAAAGAGAGGCAGAUGACGAAGAAGAGGGCCAUCGCGCUCUCAAGGGAGGGAAGUUGAAAAAACGAAAGGAGCGACCUCCAAAAGAAGAUCGCCCUCUUGCAGUUGGUGCACACGAGGUGGCUCGGCAAGACGGUGGUGAACUAGGAGACCGUAAACGUAGCCUUGAAGCUACAUCGCCAUCUUCGAAGAAGUCUCGUCAUGUUGCCUCAGGAAGCACAUCAUCGCUUUCUCCUCCAUCAUUAGCCUCGCCACCUCUCAAAGACGAAGCCGAGGUGGCCGAAUCACCUGAAUCAGAAGAUAGCGAUGACUCGCAUCAACCGGAACCACAGCAGCUAGUCCCCCAAUUUCAAGUGUUUGGGCCUGAUCCUCUCAAGUUCGAGGAUUCCACAAUUUACCACAUUAGGGAUGUCACCUCAGAGACAACCGAUGACAUGAAGAGAGAAAUUUAUAGUGUUGCGCACUUCCCACCGAGUGAUCUAAGCCAUAUGAUGGCUGGAAUUCCUCCUGAUAAAGAUUUCAGUAACGCAAAGCCGACCAACCAAGUCAACGCCAAUACUUUUCUUUCUUGGGUUGACCCUUUUGUCCGCCCCUUGACCGAGGAGGAUAUCGCUUUUUUGAAAGAGAAGGGAGAUCGUGCAACCCCUUUUGUAAUGCCCCGUCGCUCAAAGAAGCACUACAGCGAGAUAUGGGCAGAAGAGGACGGCGCUAUGAGUAUAGAUCAUUCAAGCGAUCGAGAUCGUCUGCCACUUAAUCAAGGUCGCGGUAGCAUCGAUCAAUUGACGGACGAUGUCGCAGAGACGGACAAACCGUCUUUAUUCCCUGCUUCGAUACGAACAUCGUGCCCCCCCGACGAGAAUAAUGCUUCUGGAACCACCAACGGCGAUUCAUCGAUAAAUGGUAUACUAGGAGACUCCUUUAUGGAUUUGGAUCACCCUCUAGGUGAAUCUGAAACCAAGCCUCUCCCUGCCGCCACCUCUUUCCCUGAUGCUUCCCCAAACAAUUUCAAAGUACCGGCAGCGAAGUUAGAGCAUGCCCAGCUGGAUGAAAGGUUAAAGGCAGAGCUCCGUUACGUUGGCUUUCUUGGUCCUGAAGAUAACCCUGAUUUCGAUGCCCAUUACGAUGAUGACAUUGCUCAGCGCCUGCGGUUACUGCAAGGCGAGCUGAAAAAGCAAAUGCUUGUCAAUGGAGCCCGCAAGACACGACUUUUAGAAAUCGCAAAGGAACGCUUGGCGUAUCAAGAGUACAGUACCAUCCACGACGAUCUAGAUUCUCAGGUCCAGCAAGCCUAUUUGAAGAGAACGCGAACAUUAGGCAAAAGCAAGAAAGGCUCGCAGGCGAAGCACCGCCCUGGCGGAGCAGGUGGUGGCAGUCAUGUUGUCAGUGCCGCUGGUGUUGGACGUCCCGGCAUUGGCGACAUGGCCCGUACACUUAUGGACCGUCGCAAGCGCUGGCGGGACUGCAUCGGACCCGUCUUCAAAGACAGCAAGACUACCGUGCCGUCAAGCGAAGAGAGUAUCUUUGAUCCUGCUACCAUGGCCGAGUACGAAAAGGCUGAAUUGGAAGGAUGGGAUGAGGAGCAGGAGUGA